GCCCUGAUGUUCCAUGGCAGAAAGUAUUGAAAGUUGACAAUAGUUCAUUCGGGAUCACCUUGCAAGAAAACAAUGAUCUUAAAGAGUUACUUCAAAAUAUUGAAUUACCCACAAUAAGGCGGUUUACGGUGGAGAGUGAAGGAAAUGAACUCAACGUAAUGGAAAUCCGACCUCCGGGAAUGGAUGAAUCUGGGCUUGAAAAACAUCCUGUUCUUUUCCAAGUAUAUGAAGGUCCAAAUUCGCAAUAUGUUAAUACAAAGUUCAGUAUUGAUUGGCAUACGUUUUUGGCAUCUUCACCACGCUUAAAAUAUGUUAUUGUGUAUGUUGACACUAGAGGAACUGGAUUUAAAGGUCGCACUUUUCGUUGUAGUGUAAGGAAACAUUUGGGAGAGUAUGAAUCAACAGAUAUAAUUAAUACAGCAAAAUAUUGGGCUAGUUUACCAUACGUUGAUUCUGGUAAAAUGGCCAUUUGGGGUUGGUCAUUUGGAGGUUUUAUGACAUCCAAAGUUAUCGAAAUGGACUCUGGUGUGUUUCAAGUAGGAAUGGCUGUCGCACCCGUCACUGACUGGAGGUUCUAUGAUUCGAUUUACACGGAACGCUAUAUGAAAACUCCUGAAUUAAACCCAUUAGGUUAUCAGCAUAGUGCUAUAACCAACAUGUCCGGAUUCGAUCAUGCAAAAUUCUUAGUAGUGCACGGAACUGGUGAUGAUAAUGUUCAUUUCCAAAAUACAGCAAACUUGAUAGAUAGAUUUACUUUGGCAUCCGUUCAUAAUUAUCGCGUACAAUUUUAUACUGACAGUGAUCACUCAAUUAUGAAACACAAUGCAAAUCGAGAG